UCGCCCGAGGCCAUGGCUGAGGGCUCCGCCGCCACGGCCGCGGCGGCCUCGGCUCCUCGGCUGCGGGCGGGCGGGCGAGGAGGCGGCCGGCCGUGGGGAAGGAAGGCAGAGGGAGGAAGGCGGCGAGCGGGCGGGGGGAGAGGGGGCGGGCGGCGGGGGAAGGGGCGGGCGCGGCGGCCGCGGCGGCGGCGGGGCUUCCCCGCCUCCCUCGCCUUGGUGCGCCCCGCGCUCGCUCGGCCGCUGCUCGUCCCGGCUCCCCGCCUCGCCUCGCCGCAACCGCCCGCCCUGGCCGCGCCUCCUCCUGCCCUCCGGGCCGGCGCUCCGCUUCCCCCUUCCUCCUGCGCCUCCGCCUCCUUCCACACAAAUACCAACUCCUCAGCCCGAGCCCAGAUCUCGCCGCCGCCGCCGCCGCCACACUCUGCUCGGGCCGGGCCUCGCGAGACUUCCGCGCUGGCCUCAGCCCGCCCCGCCUCACUGCCACUCGCCCGCUCGCCCUCUCGCUCCUCCUUCUCUGCCAAUCGAUCUGCCCGCUGGCUGCCGAGGCCCCGCCCACUCGCCGGGCUCCUCCUGGAUUGGGGCCGGUGGGACCGGGGGCGGGGCCGCCCGCACGCGCGCUGGCUGGCCGGCCCGCGGCGCGUGACGUCAGCGCGCCGCCGCCGCUGCCGCUGCCUCCCGCCGCUCGGUGUCGCGCGGCUCCCGCCCUCCGCGGUGCAACAGCCACAAAACGCGCUGCCUCGGGCCCGGGCCGCACUCGGGAGCGGGGUGUCGCCGCUGCAGCCGCCGCCUCGGGAGCCGAUGUAAAGCUUCCUAGAUGGAGAAUAGAACUAUUCCACUUCUGGCUUCUACUUGGAGUAAGUAGCCAUGUCCAGCAGUGAGUUCAUGCUGUAGGGAUUCAUUAGUACCCAUCUCUUCAGUGUUCAGAGUUGCAAACUUGCCACUGCAUGCCCUCACGCAUGUAUAGCUCUUAAAUCACAUUUCCUCACCCUCUAUUUGGACUGUUGUAUUUUUAGGGUCCAAAUUUAGUAACUUACAUGUUACAUAAUUAAUGUGUAGAUUUUCAUCUUAUUAGAUAUAUCUGUCAUAUGAACCUACUGAUGUUGGGGAGGGGGUGUCUUGAUUCUCACUCAACAUAUCUUACCUGCCAGCUUGAUAUUAAUAAUAGCAGCUAACUUUCAUGUAGCCCUUACCAUGCGCCAGGCAUUGUUCUAAGCACACAUAUUAACUCAUUCAGUUGGCACAGCCAUGAGGUAUAGGUACUGUUAGCUCCAAUUUAUGGUUUACAGAUGUGUGAUCAAUAUACAGUUUAUGGGGUGCUUUUUCAACUUUAAACCCAAGUGAAACCUGGGUUAUGGAUCAUAAAUACCUUUAGAAACCACGUGGGGGAAAUGGUGGAAUACGCUACUGUAUGUCGUGUGCAUGUAUGUGCAUUUGCUUAAAGAAUGUGUGGGUGUGGGGUCCCUGUGGCAGUCACUUCAUUGCCUGCCUAACUACUUUUUUUUUUUUUUUUUUGAGACGGAGUCUUGCUCCAUCACCCAGGCUGGAGUGCAGUGGCCAGAUCUCUA